CUUUACGUCUCCCAUAAAAUCGACCCUAGUUCACUCUCACCCAUCAGAUCCAACUACCAUCAAUGAUCUCCUCUCUUCAUAUUUAUUUUCAUUUCAACAGAUCUCUUUCUCUUAACCUCAAAUUUUGAUUCCACAAUAUGAUCUCCAUAGCUAAUUCUCUUGAACAAGUUCAAAAACCUGAGCUUGCUUCUUCUAAUAUUUCUCCUCUUUCUACAUCCAAUAAUCAUGUCUUCAAGUCUAAACUUCCUGAUAUUCCCAUCAAUAACCAUCUCCCUCUCCAUACUUACUGCUUUGAAAACCUCUCCGCUUUUGCGGAUAACCCUUGUUUGAUCGUCGGUUCCACCGGAAAAUCUUAUUCUUUUGCUGAAACCCACCUCAUUUGUCGAAGAGCUGCAGCAGGUUUAGCUGGUUUGGGCAUAAAAAAAGGCGAUGUCAUCAUGAUUCUUCUCCAGAACUGUGCCGAAUUCGUCUUCUCAUUCAUGGGAGCUUCCAUGAUCGGCGCUGUCACCACCACGGCAAAUCCAUUUUACACUUCAGCUGAAAUCUUUAAACAAUUCAAAGUUUCUCAAGCUAAAAUCAUCAUCACACAAUCGCAAUAUGUUGACAAGCUCCGGGACUUGAACGAAGAGUUUCCGAAAAUAGGCGAAGAUUUUACAGUAAUCACAGUGGAUGACCCACCGGAAAAUUGCCUACACUUCAGUGCGUUAUCAGAGGCAAAUGAGAACCAAAUCCGUCUAGUUUCAAUCGACCCUGAUGAUGCUGUAGCUUUACCAUUUUCUUCCGGCACAACGGGACUCCCCAAAGGUGUCAUUUUAACGCACAAGAGUUUGAUCACAAGCGUCGCGCAACAAGUGGACGGCGAAAACCCGAAUUUAUACCUGAAACACGACGAUGUGGUGCUCUGUGUGUUGCCACUGUUUCAUAUUUAUUCGUUGAACAGCGUCCUUUUGUGUUCGCUGAGAGCCGGCGCCGCAGUUUUGUUGAUGCAAAAGUUCGAAAUAAGAGCACUUUUGGACUUUAUACAAAAGUAUAAGGUUUCGGUGGCGCCAGUGGUGCCGCCGUUGGUUCUAGCGCUGGCGAAGAAUCCGCUGGUGGCGGAGUUCGACCUGAGCUCGAUAAGGGUGGUGCUUUCGGGGGCGGCACCGCUGGGGAAGGACCUGGAAGGGGCACUUCGGAGCAGAGUUCCGCAAGCAAUUUUGGGACAGGGAUAUGGAAUGACAGAGGCGGGGCCAGUGUUGUCGAUGUGCCUAGCGUUUGCAAAGCAGCCAUUCCCAACGAAGUCGGGGUCGUGUGGGACUGUUGUUAGAAAUGCCGAGCUCAAGGUUAUUGAUCCUGAAACUGGUUGCGCUCUUCCCCGGAAUCAACCUGGCGAAAUUUGCAUUCGGGGUUCUCAAAUUAUGAAAGGAUAUUUGAAUGAUGUUGAGGCGACGGCAAGCACUAUAGACGUUGAAGGGUGGCUUCACACCGGGGAUAUAGGAUAUGUGGACGAUGAUGAUGAAGUUUUCAUUGUUGAUAGGGUCAAGGAGAUCAUCAAAUUCAAAGGCUUCCAGGUGCCCCCAGCUGAGCUUGAGGAUCUCCUUAUCAAUCAUUCAUGCAUUGCAGAUGCAGCUGUCGUCCCCCAAAAAGACGAAGUAGCAGGAGAAGUUCCAGUGGCAUUUGUAGUUAGAACUAAAGGCUUUGAACUUACUGAAGAAGCGGUCAAAGAAUACAUAGCAAAUCAGGUAGUGUUUUACAAGAGAUUACACAAGGUGUACUUUGUUCAUGCAAUUCCAAAGUCUCCUUCGGGAAAGAUUUUGAGAAAAGAUCUAAGAGCCAAAUUGGCCACUCCACCUUCUUCUUUGCCCUAGAAUACUACACUUACAUGUCAAUGUGUGCCCCAGAAACUAUUUGUAUUGUCGGUUUUGAGGGCAUUUUAAUCUUAUAUAUACUUUU